AGGGGGAUGGAAGAUUCACUGGCGUCCUUCAGGGGAGACAUUAUGGGUCCCUGGGGAGUAUACAGAAUACACCAUAAAGUCUGUGCCUAUAGAUGAUCACAACGUAAAGAAAAAAGCCGAACUGCUUUUGGAGCAGUAUGGUCGCACAGGUUCUCUCUAUCCCCAUAAUGUUGUCCUUGUCCCUAUAGGAGAUGACUUUCGCUAUGAUCAUGCAUCAGAAUGGGACCAACAGUAUUCUAGCUAUCAUCGUCUUUUAACUCACAUCAACAGUGACCCUAAAUAUCAUGCUACUAUACAGUUUGGAACACUUAAAGAUUACUUUGCCGAAGUACAAAAUCGUAUGCGUGAUUAUCCGAGCCUUCAAGGGGACUUCUUUGUGUAUAGUGAUAUCUUUAGUGAAGGUCGGCCUGCCUAUUGGAGUGGCUAUUUUACUACUAGACCUUAUUGGAAAGUGUUAGACCGACAAUUAGAAGCUUCCUUACGUUCCGCAGAGAUCCUGUACACCUGGGCAUAUGCUUGGGCUGUGCAGGAAGGCCAAGCUAGAGUGGUGCAACUUUUGGAAAAAGAUUACGAAAAAUUAGUGCGUGCUAGACGAAAUUUAGCUCUCUUUCAACACCACGAUGCCAUAACGGGGACAUCUAAAGCUUAUGUGAUGCACGAUUAUGCUAUUAAACUUCACGAAGGGUUGCACGACACCUUGGCAUUGGCCGGGGAAGCAGCUGAAGCACUGCUUUUGACACGAGCAGCUAUGGCUGCUCUUGACCAUCGAGCUGCACCUCUUCAUCACCUUCAUCCAGACUUUGAACGUUCAACAUACGAGCGGUUACCUCGCAAGUUGCCGUUAGCUAUACCACGUGAUCAGCCUCGCCUUAUAGUGAUGUUCAAUUCCCUGGGGCAACGCCGUUAUGAAGUAGUUAAAGUUUUGGUCUCUUCCCUUGAUAUAAGAGUUACUGAAGAGCAUGGUCAUGAAGUGCCAAUUCAAAUAAAUCCAGUGUGGAAUGAUACCGGAAACGGUAUGGCCAUCCUCUCUUCACAGUUUGAGUUGCUCUUUGUUGCAGAUCUGCCAGCAUUAAGUGUGAUUACAUAUAGUAUUCACCACACUUCUCGAUCUACGACAGAUUUGCGUGCAUCAGUAUACUCUAAUAAUUAUGCUCCUGCACCCGAUCAGAAUUAUUCCCCACCAUUUGAAACACGUGAUGUCCUUCCGGGUGACAUUCAACUUGAGAGUGAUCAUCUCAAAUUGCUGUUUGACGGCACUACAGGAAUGCUUCGUUCCAUAACGGACAAGGUCACCGGUCGAGUCACACAGACUGCGGUCCGUUAUGCUGCAUACCCCUCUGCUCAGUUUAAAUCAGGGGCUUACUUAUUUAAGCCAGACCCUAAUUCUCGAGAGCCUGAGGAGGAUGUAUUAGCAGGUGCUAAGCCACGCCUUUUCAUUCAUUCUGGUCCAGUGGCAUCAGAACUUAGUGUGAUGUUUGGGUCAGUGUUAAUGCAUACCACUCGCAUCCUUCACGUGGUCCACCAGCCUCUUGCAUCUGCCAUUUAUAUGGAAAAUGUGUUUAACUUAGGUGCCCGUUAUAAUAGUACAGAGACCCCUGGGUUUCCACCACAUUUCCGUGAAACAGAAAUGUUCAUGCGUAUUAUGACGGACAUUGAUAAUGGUGCAGAACCUACUCUAUAUACUGAUCAGAGUGGCCUCAACAUGCAGAAGCGUGUUCGUGUUCAGCGCAUUGGUAUCCAAGGCAACUAUUUCCCUAUUACUUCAGCAGCAAUGAUUGAGGAUAAUGGACCGGGAAGACGACUCACACUGCUGACAGAUCAUGCUGCUGGAGCUGCUGCUUGGCAACAGGGCUGGCUUGAAGUAAUGGUGGAAAGGAGGACAUUCUACGACGAUGCCCGUGGUAUGGGGGAGGGAGUAACAGAUCAGAAACGGACUGUGGGUCGGUAUUGGCUGUUAGUUGAAGAUACGCAGGGCCCAGAACCGGUGGCUCGUCUCUCUCUCGCAGCUCACCACCUUGCUAAUGAUCUUAAUUACCCAACUACUCAACUCAUCAACGAAGGUCUAGACGCCGACCAACUGAAUUCGGCAGCACAUCUCAUAACUCGCCCACUGCCAUGUACACUGCACCUGAUGACAUUGCGCACCUUGCCAGAGCCACAAUAUCCAAGUUUGUUACCAUCACGCACAACACUCAUGAUAAUUCAGAACCAAUCGCCAUCCUGCACAGCCUCUGCUUCUGUCUCUACCUGCAAUGGAUUAGGGGACUCUCCUUUCCCUGGCACUGAACUCACACUGCAGGUUAGUAGAUUGUUAUUGCAGUAUAUCCAUGGGGAAGUGCUCAACCUGCAAGGGUUGUAUGGUGCUUGGGAAAUGGAAUAGGUGGGCAGUAAUUGGGUUUAAUCCAAUAAAGGGGAGAG